UUUUGAGUUUAAAUACAUCUGAUUGGUCAUUUCUAUGUAUUUAAUAUUUCCUUCAGGGUCAUCUGAUCAAUAAUGACUGGGAACAUGGCCGCCGCCAGGAAUGCUUCACAGUUCUUCUUGGUAUUUUUCUUGUUGCUUUUUUGCCUGCCUGUAGUGGAAGCUUUAGAUACAGGUGAUGCAUUAGCUUUGUUGCUAGGUGUGGCUCUUAGUUGUGUUGGAUUCUGUGCCUGCCUCGGUCUAUAUGCAAGAAGACAACAUGGAGAGCAAUGACUUAAGUCCAAAAUGUCCAGCUGAAGUGCAACUGUCCCGAUGGAUGUUGUUGCAGUUAAGGAAGUGUUUCAAGAUGUUCCCCAACUCAUCAAAUCUUUAUUGCCAUAUACUGUUCAAGAAGAAAGAACAUUCAUAAUGGGAAGCCUGUGGAGAAAGCUGCUUCAAGUUCACAAGAAUGUUUUGUAUGUAAUUAAGGUGUUGCCUUAAAAAAGAAUGCUACUGGUUUUCAAUUGCAUAAGAAAAAGCAUCAGUAAAAGUUAAUUAUUAACUGAGGUGCAACAGAAAAUAUAGAGGGGUAAAAGAGAACAUAGUUUGCAUUCAAAUGAUAAACAGAAAAUAUACAACAUAGGAAACAUAACUAUCCUCAUAAUUAAUUUAUAUAUGAUUUUUUUCUUCUAAUGAAAUAUUUCUCUAUUUCAUUUGUUUCCAAAUUAAGCCAAAAUAUUUUGUAGUAAGGUCAAGUUGCUGUGUACCAUCCAAUGUUUUGUUGUUUUCAUCUGGUUAUAAUUUAUGUUACAGUUAAUGUUGAAAAAAUAAUCUCCAUUGUCUCCUUAAAGCAUUGCAGAUAUUUUAAUAUAACAGUAUGUAAUUCACUACCAUCAAAUGUUUGGUUUAUCAUUACCAUAAUCCCUGACCAUCAGCCAUUUGAUUUAUGAAAAUUGUAAUCUAAAAUAUGGUAGCAGAGUCAUGGGUUGGUGAGAGGGAGAGAUGCCAGAUUUUCCUACUUGUAGAAAUGGCCACAGCCAUUCUUACCCAUACAGGCUUGAAUACAUAGGAAGCCUGACUUCUUUUUCUACUAUGCUUUCCAUUCAUUUCAGUAGAACUUUCAGAAAUGUUCCUCACUGAAUAACCAUUUAUGAUUUCUCAGUUGUUCUACAGAAAAAUUGCUGGGAACAGUAUUUAAAUGACCAACCCUUUUCUAUAUAGUAUAUAUCGAAACACUUGUAUUGUUUGCACAUUUUUAAUAAAUUGUGAAACUUUGACUAUUUUCAAAAUAUUGAAUAAACUAAAGGAUUAAUGAGAA